GAAAAUCCUAAGCAAUAUUAAAGUAGAGGUUCCCGUACAGCAUCACAAAAAUAUGCUUAAUACUGUAAUGGAUUUGACUGGAUCAGCUGACUCUGAUUAUCCUGAACGCUCUGUCACUCCAGAGAAAAUAUUACCAGAUUUAGAUGAUAAUAAUCACAGUUUAUCUGGUGGUUGUACUCAACCUUCUAAAACAAGCAGUGAUAGCUUAGCUUCCAGCUCAUUCUCUGUGUUAAAAAAUACAAGUAAUGCUCAACAUAGAGAAAUGUCUGCAAAAUCAACAAUAGUAGAAAAUAAACUUGAUGCAGAAUUUUCAGACAGUUGUCCAGUACCUGAUCUUAUUUGUAAUGAAAAGCCAUCAAUAUCCCCAUGUAGCGAGUUAUCUGAACAAGACAAUUCAAGUGAUCGGCUUAUUAUCUCAUCUCCUAGACCAGAAAGUAGCCAAUCUUAUCACAGUCCGAUAAAUAAUAUUAAUAUUGAAAAAAUACCGCCAAAACCAACACGACAUAAUCCUCUACGACUAAAUAAUAUUUUUGUAAAGAAACACAAAAAGAUUUUGCAAAUAAAGAACUCGAAAGCAUUUUCACAGUUUACUACAAAAUUAACUGAACAAGAACCCCGGGCAUCCUCUUCUUCAAGUAAAACUUUGGAAGAAAUUGCAAUUAAUAAAACACCUGGAGUUAUUGAGAAGUGCGACGCAAAGGGUAAAUUGCAAACGGUAUCAAUAGAGAAAAUUGAACAUAAUAAUGAGGAUGAAAAUGAAUUUGACGCUAACACCGAGGUUCAGUCAAUGGACAUAGAGCCGGUCACACCAUCUAACGUUAACCAUUCCUCUCAGUACAGCAACACUGUGGAUAUGGUCCAAGUAAAGGAAGAAAUAAAUUCUAGCAAUGAAUUUAGCAAUGGAACUGACAGGUCUACGGAUAUCGCACCAAUGGAGACGCUUAGGCCGAUAAACGUUGUCAAUUAUGGCAAUAUGGCGGGAGAAUUCGACGACGAUUCAAAUCACAGAGAACUGCUGGACUUAGAAGCUGCUUCGAAAAAUAAACAAUUCGUGUCCAUGAUGAACGAGAAUUAUUUCGGUGAUAACAUUUACGCGGACUACUUCACCCCGGAUCGCGUCGAGGCGUUCGAAGCUGAGAAAGUGUCGCACUAUGCUAAAGAAAACGGAAAAGAUGGAAUGUACAUUUGGGGUGAAUCAUCGCAGAAGGAAAGUGAAUUUGUAUUACCGAAUUUCAUUCACGAAAGUUACAAAAUAGCUGAAAGUACCGGUAUAGAUUACUCUGACAUGGGCACGGGGGCGGAGCAUAUGGACGCUGAUGUAGAUAGGUGCGAACGGGAUAGUAAAGCUGAUAUGUAUUCAGGAAUACCCCCAGCAGAGCCUUAUGACUUGAUGGCGCGAGAGAGCUGGGUGUCAGAUGGGUCUGACGUAGACAGCAACGAGAAAACAGAAAACGUUAUCGAAGAAGAGAUCCACUUUCCAAAAAGCCGGACGUACACUUGCGCACAGUGUGGCGUGAAGUUCCCAUCGUUGAAAGAACUUCGAGGGCACAAGGCCCUGGUUCACGCAGCGACCACCUCCAGCUCCAAGACUUCAUACAGCCGCCUCAUGACCGCUCGGACUAUCAAAAAGGAGGAGAAGCAGGAUGACCUGUUACCAGGUGGUUUACUCUCACUGGACACGAAAGAGGGUAUGGCGUCGACUAUGUUGCAAGUGUACAACGCUAUGAGCGAGACGAAGCCCCAUAUCGAGGGUCUCAUAAAGCAGGAGACCAGGAAGAGAAGAAAGGACUUUGUGUGUCCAACGUGUAAAGUAGACCAGUUGAGUGAUGCUGCCUUCCACGCUCAUCUGAAAGAACACCCACUGGAGUGUCUCACAUGCGGAAAGUGUUUCUUCAAGCGUGCCAACCUAGCGCUCCAUGUCAAGACACAUCUCGGGAUUAGGAAUUAUAAAUGCGAGGUGUGCGAGAAGCGGUUCCUCACGCGCCAGAAGCUGGCGGAGCACCACAACGUGCACACGGGCCGCGCGCCCGUCAAGUGCACGCUCUGCGACGACACCUUCCGCAGAUACUCCAACAUGGUGCAGCACAGAGACCGUCACCACUUCAAGAAAAAGACGAAGGUUCGCGACUUCGUGUGCCAGUGCGGCGCUGUCUUCCACUCGAGGGCGAAGCUCCUCUGGCACAAGGAGACCCACGACGACAAGCCCAAGGCCUGCGUGUACUGCAGCGAUAAGUUCGUACACGCGGCCUCGCUGACGAGACACAUACGGAGGACUCAUAACGAGUUGUUCCUGGCCGAUAGACCGGACCGUACAGAUAGAGGCAGAGCUGAGAACGUGCCCUGUCCUGUUUGCAAACAGAUAUACCUCAGAUCGAACCUGCGUGCCCACCUGUUAACACACAGCGGUAAACGUCCGUACCACUGCGUUAUAUGCAACAAAGCGUUUACGACAAAGUGGAAUCUUAAACUUCAUCGCUGGACGCACCUGAGCCGGUCAGCGAAACCUUUCAAAUGCAACCUCUGUAAGGGCGCGUUCAUACGACAUACUGAUUACGUCUCACAUAUGAACGCUCACAAGUCGGUUCGUCCCUACACGUGUAAUUACUGCGGAUGUCAGUUCAUUAGAAAAUACAAUUGCCAACGUCACGUGCGAGAACAUGAAAUGGCGAAGAAGUAUGUGUGUAAAGUUCCCGAGUGCGGUAAAUCCUUUCACAGGAGUUAUUAUCUGUCCGAACAUAUGAAAGUGCACAGUGGUGCGAGGCCUUUCUCUUGUAAUAUCUGCGGGAAGACUUCCAGUAACAAGUCUAAUCAUAAUAAGCAUGUGAAGAUACACCAUGCCCGGGAGCCCAUAGCGACAGAGGCGUAAAUGUGAGUUUACUGGCGGCUCUGGAAAAUCUUUUAAUGGUUAAUAUGGGUGUAGAUAAAUCUUAUAUCAGAAUCCUUUUAUAUUAAAUUUCCGGUGUUCGAAUUCCUUGUUAA